CAUUCGACACCAUUCCCCCUUCAUGACGCUGAAAUCUAAAAUCUGUAUAUGGUAUACAACUUAAAGUAUAUAUAAGCAAGCUCAGCUCUGCUGGAGACACACAGCAAGUACUUUCCUUCCAACUAGAUUGCCUCCUUGUCCAGUCAAGAAGACCACAAAGUUCAGCAAUGGCUAUGACUGACAUCCUUUCUGCUAAAGAUAUUCAAGCUGCUCUUACCAGCUGCCAGGAUGCUGACUCUUUCAACUACAAGUCUUUCUUCUCCAAAGUUGGUCUAAAAGGCAAGUCUACUGACCAGGUAAAGACAAUUUUUGAAAUCCUUGACCAGGACAAGAGCGGCUUCAUUGAGGAAGAAGAGCUUAAGCUGUUCCUGCAGAAUUUCUCCUCAAGUGCCAGAGCUCUAACUGUUACUGAGACCAAGACUUUCAUGGCUGCAGGUGACACUGACGGUGAUGGCAAAAUCGGAGUGGAUGAAUUCGAGGCUCUGGUGAAGGCAUAAAGAGCAUUAGACCAAAAGCAACAAUGGACAGUCUCUUCCAAUUCCCUCCUCCAACAAGCACCUCACACUCAGCACAUAUUUGUACAUUUUUAUAUUGUCUCAUGGCAUUAGUAAAAUGCCUGUAUGUUAA